CUUCUGUGUGUUACCUCUGGGUUAAGCACUCUGCUGGGUUCAGGAGAAAUGGAAAGUGAGAUACCUGCUAUCAAGAAGCUUGUGGAAGCAAAACAAACAGUACACUGAGGGUAUUUAGAGAAGGGUUAAAUGCCAAACUCUGAGAGCCCAAAAUGUCAGAAAUAACUUUCUUAGAGAACCUCAUCUGCAAGCUGGACCUUACAGGGUCAGCAUGAUUUUAAUUAGCAGGGAGAAGGAAAUAAAAUAUCCCAAGGAUGGGGGAGCAAAAUCAGGGGAUGGGGCAGGACCCUCUGGACUUUCUGUCUCCUCUUACUCUUAUAGGAGUUAAAGCAAAAGAUGCGAAGGGUCUUUUACCCCUGAUGAUGCUAAUGGUGAUCAUUUUCCUGCUGCUUGUGUUCUGGGAAAACGAGCUGAAUGAGGAUGUAGUGUCAUCAACCAUAGAGCAGUUGCAUGUGGACUACCCUCAGAGUGACGUGCCUAUGAGAUACUGCAACUACAUGAUCUUACAAAGAGUCAUCAGGGAACCAGACAACACCUGCAAAAAGGAACACGUUUUCAUCCACAAGAGGGCUCGAAAUAUCAAUAGCAUUUGCACUUCUCCCAACAGGUCAGCUUGCCAAAACCAGUCCAGCACUUUGUGCUUCCGGAGUGAGACAAAGUUCAAAAUGACAGUCUGUCAGCUCAUUGAAGGCACCAGAUAUCCUGCCUGCAGGUACUACAACUUCCACACAAAGGGGUUUGUUCUUGUCACUUGUGAUGACAUAGGGCCAGUUAAUAUCCAGAGAUAUGUUGAAUAACUGAGACCAGCGCCCGAGUCUGAGAUCCAUUAUUUCUCCUUUCAGUGGGUGCUGGUUCUCCCUGAGGCACACCUGAACUGCUGGGGUAAAGUCUGGCAUGAAUGGCUAGCCACUUGGAAAUUCAUUUAUCCUUCUCGUAUUGCUUAGCUGGAAUCUUUUUAUUCUGCUUCAAUAAAAAUUUUUUUAAAUAACUGAACUAAAUCACUAACUCUUCAUGCAUUUUAAUUUCUUACCCUUUUUCUUUUGAUGAAAGCCAAGCAUGACUCCCAGGCAGGACUUGGGGUGAGGUGAGUGAGGCACUUACUUCACAUGCAGAAUUUAAGGGGCACCAAAACCCCAGUACUCUAGAUAAAUAAUAUUUUUAAAAAUCAAAACUAAUGCAAAAAUCCCAUGACAUGAUCUCCGUUUUCAAACUUUAAAACAAGACCCAAUCUGACUGGGUUGGAUUUUCGGGUGAGGUGGGUUAUGUGAGCUGUCUUACUGCAGGGUCACGUCCUAUUAUUUAAAAUUUUGGGAUUUGUUUAUCAGGGAUUACUUUGUGUUAAAUUAUUUUUUUAAAGUUUGAAUUAAAAUAGUAUUUAUGUUGACUGAUGAGCUUUUUGGUACCCCCUUACAUUAUCUGGAGCAAGUGACUUUUUCAUUUUAC